AAGGCCUGACAAUGGCACCGAAUGAGCACUGCCUUCAAACCUCCUUCCUGUAAAUGAUAGGACCAAACAAGGCGGUGUGAUGAACAUGCCACUGCAUCAAAUCUCUGUCAUUCCGGCUCAGGAUGUUACCUCUUCCAGAAUCUCCAGGAGCAAGACCAAAGAAAAAGAGGAACAGAAUGAGAAGGCUUUGGGGCAUUCCGUGAGCCGCUCUAGUAACAUCUCAAAGGCUGGAAGUCCAACCUCUAUCUCUGCCCCUCAUAGCUUCUCUCGGACUUCUGUGACACCAUCCAACCAGGACAUCUGCAGUUCCAGUGCAGUGUUUUCUGAGUGUUGUCAUCACAGUCCAGUGCAGUCUGCUGUUGUCUUGAAAAGUCCUCACUGCCAGAGCCCUCUGACACAAGGGGUCACUGUGACAGUAAUCUGUCAGGACACGUUACAUGCAGCAAAGAGAAACUCCCGUGGGCAGGAUCGGGGCCAGGCGCUCAGGUCUGCUAAGAAUGUAAAGCCCACCCACACUCUGAAAUUCUCCAAGUCCCUCAAUGACGUGGACCAGAAGGCGCAGAGCACCAGUGAGUGCUUUGACUAUGUGGAGCGAACAUGCUCAGAAGGCAAAUUGACCCCGACUCAAGAGCAGUGUUUAAGGAUUAACAAAUUCCAUCUUAAAGAGAGGAAACCGCUGAAUCUCAGGCCUCUUUCUUUUAGCAAUUCUAAGCACUCCUACAUCCCUUCCCUUUCCAACUACUCGAGUGCAUCAGGAGGAGCAGAGAACCACAGCGCUGUACAUAUCCCCUUGCUGGAGGACAAAGUGGACCAUGACAACUCAAGGAGCAAAAAACUGUUGCGUUACCUCUUUUCCUUCUCCCACACCUCCAGCACCAGCAGCCUGCAUAAGUUCCACGAACUGGAGAGCUAUUCCAGUUACUUCCAAGCUGAGAAAUCCUCCAGCGUGCUGGUGGAAAGCACAGACUUCUGCUCUGAUGAUAUGGGAGACGAUGACGUCUUUGAGGACAGCACCUCGGUGAAAUUGAAAACAAAAGAGCAGCGGGCGCCGCUCUGUUCAGUUGAGAAGGACAGUGACCUUGACUGCCCUUCCCCCCUGUCAGAAAAAUUCCCCCCUCUCUCCCCUGUGUCCACAUCGGGGGAUACCUGCAGGAUAUGUCACUGUGAAGGAGAUGAUGAGAGCCCUUUGAUUACCCCCUGUCACUGCACGGGAAGUCUUCAUUUUGUGCACCAAGCCUGCCUGCAGCAAUGGAUCAAGAGCUCAGAUACACGAUGCUGUGAACUGUGCAAGUAUGAGUUCAUCAUGGAGACAAAACUGAAGCCUUUGCGAAAGUGGGAGAAGCUACAGAUGACGUCCAGCGAGAGGAGGAAGAUCAUGUGCUCUGUAACAUUCCAUAUCAUUGCCAUCACCUGCGUUGUGUGGUCUCUCUAUGUCCUGAUCGACAGGACCGCUGAAGAGAUUAAACAGGGACAGACUACUGGGAUUCUAGAGUGGCCAUUUUGGACUAAGCUGGUGGUUGUGGCUAUUGGUUUCACUGGAGGACUUCUGUUCAUGUAUGUGCAAUGCAAAGUGUACAUACAGCUGUGGAAGAGACUUAAAGCUUAUAACCGAGUAAUAUAUGUACAAAACUGUCCGGAAACUAGCAAAAAGAAUAUUUUUGAAAAACCUGCACUAAUGGAGCCAAACUUCGAAAGUAAAGAAAUGCUUGGAGUUCACCAUUCAGACACAAACUCUUCACAUUACACAGAGCCAGAAGACUGUGCUGCAGAAAUCCUUCACGUCUGAUUGCUGGGUGGGAGGGGUGUUUCUGUAUGUCCUUGAAGAUCUAAAAUAUCAUUGUUUACUGCAAACUACUCUACCUUUUUAAAAUCGGCUAACAGCUGAGGGCUGGCGGAUGAAUUUUUUUACAUUUGUUUUUUGUUGGAAUUUUUUUAAAUCCCUUUGGCAUAUCUGUCAAUGUCAUCACGGUUGCAUACCUCUCAACGUUUUGUCUCUCAUAGUAGCUGAUCAAAGGGCCACAGGAUACUGGGUAGAAUGGGCCUUGGGUUUGGUAUCAAGAAAUCCGCUAGUGAACCGUCAUCAACUUCAUGGAGUCUGUUACUUUAGAAGAUGACUCUAAAUGAUUCUGGAAUAUGUGUAGAGUGCGGUUUGUUUGUUCUUUAAGCGUGAUGAAGGAGGUUGUCCCAGACAUUGAGGGAAAUGAGAGAGCUAGAGUCUAAUCCACCGCUGACACUGCCACUAACAUUUUGUCUUAGGCAGCAGGUGUAAAAUUUUGCUUUACAUAUUGUGAUGAGAAUUACAAAGCAUAUAGCACUUUUAAAAAUCUUUAUUUUGUAAUAUGUAUGUCAAAUGAGAAUGAAACUUGAAAGAAUGUGUCAUUUUUGAAACAUUUCUUCAUUCUUUACCCCAUCUGUUCUUCUGGAACAUAAACCUCCUUGCCUUAUUAUUAAAAAAAAAAAAAAAAAAAAGAAAAAAAAAUUCCAACCUGUGAUUUGCAACACAUGCCCACAUUAUCUUACUAAACAUAACACUAAAAAACUCUGCCUCUUUGGGUUUCCUUUGAGGAGCAAUUUUUUUCAAAGGAUAUUGCACUUGUGACUUGUGUAUGGGGAGUAGUGGAUGUGUACAGUGUUCGUUUUCAGUGCUUAAUGGUUUCAGUGCUCUGUUUUGGGGAUUGGUUUUGUUUAUUUUUUUCAAUAGGUCAGACCAUCAACACACCUGCACAUAUAUACCUGAUGUAACUUUCAUUCCAAACCAUUGGCAAAGGGUUUGUUGCUAUACUGGUAAAAAUGUGAGCUGUUAUGGAAAAAAAGAUACUUAGUCAAUACAGCUGAAAUUGGUUUUCCUUCUUUAGUGCUGUGUCAUGUGUGAAUUACCCAAGAAUUUGACAUUGUCAGAGGAGCUGCUGAGAUCAAAGUCUAGGAAGUAAAUAUUGCAUUAAGUGGAUGAGUUUAAAAAUACCUGCCUGGUUUUAGUCCUGAUGUGAUGCAUUACGUGGUCAGAGCAUAGUUUUGUCUGUGCUUUUGAAUUUGGGACUGAUUUUUAAUCAGUCAGCCUUAAUGAAAAGAGAGGGGCAGCUCUAAAAUCUGUUUGCAGGGCUUUAGACGGAGUUGCCCAAAGCCUGGGGUGUUUGCUGUUAAUUCACUUGACCAAUCUGCUUCGCUGAACCACUGUCCAGCUUCAAGCCCUCAUUUAACCAAAGUCUCAGUGUGACUGGAGCAGAAACAAAGCCUCACAAAAAGUCAGCACACGAGGCCUCUGCAUUUGAAAGCUGACUUUCCCUACCUGAGCCCUAUCUAAAUCUCUGUAAAGUCAAUGAUAAUCUUCUGGUAGGUCUUAGUAGGAGUUGUCUGGACUUCACAGUUAGGUAAAAGCUUCUGUUUACUUGUUGACAUACUGA